CCUCGAGCACCCCUCUCCCCCUUUUCAGACACGCCACUGUUGGAUGCUGCUUUAAACGUCGUCAUGUCAGUCCGGAAGUUUGGUCAUGUGUCAUCUAUUGCUGUCUAUUUAAUGUGUGUGUCAUUUUAAUGUGACAUUAACUGAUACCACACGGUGUGAGCUCCGCGCCAAGUUAUUCCUAAAACUGUCUGGCAGUCUGACAGGGUGAGAGUGGACUUCUUGGACAAGUCAGCCGGCCGGUACAGCUGCUUGUGGAGGACUUUGAGUGAGAACCGUCUUGCUACCUUCGGCUAGCGGUGGGCUAAUAUCAACACAAGGACAACAUGAGCUAGGUGUUAGCUAAGACGGUUAACUAGCUAACCACUGGCGGUGAGAGGACGAGAGACGCACCUGUUGGACUGUCAUCACUCCUCAUGUGUUUCCGAUAGUUAACAUGUCGAAUCAGCACCAGCCGGCUGUCCCGAUCCAACAGCAGCCUAAUCUGAACCCUGCACCUUUCCCUCAGUGUUUUCUCAAACCCUUCAACAACAAACCUCUGCAAAUCAAAAGGAAUGUCAUUACAGACGAUUACAGUGUAACAAGUCAGGUGCUCGGGAUGGGGAUAAAUGGCAGAGUGUUGGAGUGUUUCCACAAAGACAAUGGAGAAAAGUUUGCACUCAAGAUGUUGCAGGAUUGCCCAGAAGCUAGACGGGAGGUAGAGCUCCAUUGGAGGGUGUCGUCUUGUUCCCACAUUGUUCCCAUUAUAGAUGUUUAUGAGAAUCUCUACCAGGGCAGGAAGUGUCUCCUCGUUGUAAUGGAGUGCAUGGAUGGAGGUGAAUUAUUCAGUCAUAUCCAAGACAGAGGCAAUCAUGCAUUUACAGAAACAGAGGCCUCUGACAUUAUGAGAAGUAUAGGGGAAGCCAUACAUUUCUUGCAUACCAUCAACAUUGCUCACAGAGACAUUAAGCCAGAGAACCUGCUGUACACCUCCAGAAGGCCAGAUGCCCUCCUCAAGCUGACAGAUUUUGGGUUUGCCAAAGAAAUCACCACAUUAAACUCUUUGGCAACACCCUGUUUUACCCCUUACUAUGUUGCUCCAGAGGUUCUUGGUCCAGAGAAGUAUGACAGAUCCUGUGACAUGUGGUCUCUUGGUGUCAUCAUGUAUAUCCUACUUUGUGGGUAUCCUCCCUUUUUCUCGCAUCAUGGCCUGGCAAUAUCCCCAGGAAUGAAAAGAAGGAUCCUUAACGGACAAUAUGAGUUCCCUAACCCAGAGUGGUCGGAUGUGUCUGAGGAAGCCAAACGGCUGAUCUGCGACUUACUGAAAACUGAGCCCACCCAAAGAAUGAGCAUCAAUGAGUUUAUAAACCAUCCCUGGAUUAAUCAGUCAGUCGAAGUGCCACAAACGCCUCUCCACACCAGUCGGGUGCUACAGGAAGAACAAGACGUCUGGGAGAAGGUUAAAGAGGAAAUGACAAACGCCCUGCAAACAAUGAGAGUGGACUAUGAUCAAAUUAAAAUCAAAACUAUCGAAGACUCGACUAAUCCUCUCCUCUUGAAGAGAAGAAAGAAGACAAAAAACACAACCACACAACCUCCAGGCUAGUGAAGUGAGGACUUUUUAAGAGCUCAUCUUUAGCAGGUGGGGAACAUUUGAAGUGAAUCCUGGGAUGUCGCCCUGAACAAUGAAGGACGCAACAUCACUUGGGCAACCUGACAGGUGUUGUGCCAUAAAGCGAUAGAUAGAUAGACCUGAGAGCUAAUCACCAUCCAAUUAAAUGAUAUUUUAUCCACUAAA